CCCAACGACAUUGACAUUUACACAAUGGAUGUCGAUUCUGAAAGUACCGCGACAUCCAUAGAUGAAAAUACUGAGAAUUUUUGCGAAAAUCCAACUCGGGACACUCUCGCCGAGGGUUUGAUGGGCUUAAUCAAGCCCACUGUAGACCAAUUAGACGAACGAGUGCGAGCAACAAGGAUUUCUCAGUUAGAACUCAAACAGUGUAUCGAAAGCCUUAGCGAGGAAUUAAAAAAGAUCUCCGAAAGCCAGCAAACAUCAAUUGACUUGGAUGCAUAUGUUAAAAAGUUGAUAAAUGCCAAGCAAAGGGUGACUGUCUUAACAAAUAUCCUACAAAACGCCCAAGACAGAUUAAAUAAAGUACACAUGUCCAUAGAUAAGGAAGUGGUGCAAAGGAAAAUAUUGUUAGAGAGCGCAGCUGAAGACACAUCAACAUAA